GAAGGGAAGCAGAGGAAGGGGCUGAGAGUUGCAGAUACAAGACAAGAAGAAUCCCUCUGACCACACACCCCUGUCCCUUACUCCCAUCUCACUGCUGCUGUCCAUAGAGAGACCCCAGCCACCCAUCACCUGUCUACAGUCCACCUUGGGAUGGAUUUGUCUGGAUGACAUCUACAAGCCUCCCCUUCCUGCGUCUGAUACACUGAGAUUUUAAGCUGCAUGACACAUUGUAUCACACCAGUGACUUCUACACUGAUUCAUAUAUUUUGCACGCAGAUCCUGAGGGCUUACUUUGGCUUUUGUAAAUGAUUAACAUAUGGAGAAGUUUUAAAGGAGAAAUUGGCACGAUUUCAAUUCCUGCAUCUCCUCUGCUAGAGACACUGCAGAUUUCAAUUACUGUACACGAUCAUUUAUACAUUGCAUAAUACCCAAUUUCAUGACAUUUUCAUUUGGUUUUCUCAGAAGUAGUUAACCAUCUUGAAGUCCCUGCAUUGUGUUGGAAAAGCCCUGAUACACCUACCUGUCCAUUUAUUAUAUUAGUUAUAUUCUAACUAUGGCUCUAGAAUGCCUUCAGAGUACUUGGCUUGCAUUUAUACUUUGGCUCAUUGGCAUCAAUGCGUUACCUAAAGAAGAUGUUACAGUGCCAGAACUGCUGCCUGGUACUGAUGGAAAAGUGACCUUGAGGUUCACAGCAUUAGGGGCAGAAAUGGAAUUCCACCUAACUCCUGAUGAAGCUUUCCUUGUACCAGGGCUGCAAAUUGAACACAUAGGAAGGGAUGGUGCUAAUGAGGAUGGCAUGGCUGGUCUGAGGAACUGUUUUUAUUCCAGCCAAGAACCAUUAGCUGCUUUUAGUAUAUGCAAAGGAAUCCAGGGAGCUUUCAUGAAAGGCUGUGAUAGUUAUGUCAUCCAACCCAUGAAGAAAUGGAUGGGUCAGAGGACACUUGGUCGGCACCGUGUAUUCAAAGCUCAUAAAAUAGAAACAGAGAGACUGGGCAGUAAUAAUGGUGCCUACAAGAAUGGAAUUAUCACUCAAAACUGGGGAAAACCCAACAACCAUAGGAAUCAAAAGGACAAUCUUGCAGGCACUCGCAGACAGAACUGGAGAAAUACAUAUGGGAAAGAGAGUGGAAGGAUCUUACCUGGUAUUUCUGGCACCACCCGGAGAUACAGAAGUGCCUUGCAAGAAAGUAAGGAUGACCAGGAACCUCAGACCUCAGAUACAAACAUCUCCGAGAAAUCCAACACUGAAUCCUUGGGAGGAGACGCAAAGGUUCACCAACACCGUCACAAGAGGUUUGUGUCUUCAGAGCGCUUUGUGGAAGUUCUCCUGGUGGCUGAUGUCUCUAUGGUCCAGUUCUAUGGGGAGGAUUUAAAGCUGCACCUGCUGACAUUAAUGUCCAUCGCUGCCCAGAUCUACAAGCACCCAAGUCUGAGGAACUCAGUCAACCUGGUGGUGGUUAAGGUCCUGGUAGUUGAAGAUGAAGACUCCGGUCCAGAAGUCUCAGACAAUGGAGGCCUGAUACUACGUAACUUCUGCAGGUGGCAGCAAGGCUACAACCCACCAAGUGACCGGCACGCAGAGCAUUACGAUACAGCCAUUCUCAUCACCCGACAGGACUUCUGUGGACACGACAGCUGUGACACGCUCGGCGUGGCUGACAUCGGUACAGUCUGUGAACCAAGCAAGAGCUGCUCUGUGAUUGAAGAUGAUGGACUGCAGGCCGCCUACACCCUGGCCCAUGAGCUUGCGCAUGUCCUCAGUAUCCCGCAUGACAACUCCAACAACUGUAAGAAGGUAUUUGGAGAGUUGAAUAAAAACCAUUUGAUGGCUCCCCUGUUUCUGCAGCUCAAUAAGUCCACACCAUGGUCUCCAUGCAGCGCCAUGCACCUUACAGAAUUCUUUGACAGUGGUCACGGAGACUGUUUAUUGGAUGCACCAGGCACCUCUCUUGAACUUCCACGGGAACUUCCUGGAACAUCCGCUCGCUAUGACUUGGACAAUCAGUGUCGCCAAGUAUUUGGGAAAGAGUUCUCUCACUGCCCAAACACCAGGGAAGACGACAUUUGUGCUCAGCUGUGGUGUAAAGUUCUGGAUGAGCACGUCUGCCACACCAAAAAUGGAAGCCUACCCUGGGCUGAUGGGACUUCCUGCGGAGAUCAUCACGUGUGCUGGAAUGGGGUUUGUCAAGUGGAAGAAGACGUUGUUAAGCCUAAGGUGCCAGUAGAUGGAAACUGGGCCAGUUGGGGUUCAUGGGGCGAGUGCUCGCGAAGCUGUGGAGGAGGGGUGCGAUUUUCCUACCGAGAGUGCAGUGACCCUGAGCCUGAGAAUGGAGGGAAGUACUGUCAAGGCCAAAGAGCCAUCUAUGAGUCCUGUAACAUCCAGGAGUGCCCGCUACAAGAGAAGAGUUUCCGAGAAGUUCAGUGUGAAAAAUACAACACCUAUAACUAUACGGACAGGCACGGGAACCUCAUAGAGUGGAUUCCUAAAUUCUCUGGUGUGUCCUCCCGGGAUCGCUGCAAGCUAAUGUGCCGGGUACGUGGGGGGAGUGAAUUCAAAGUCUUCCAGUCCAAGGUGGUGGACGGUACCCUGUGUGGGCCGGAAAGUCUGUCUGUGUGUGUCCAGGGUCAGUGCGUCAAAGCUGGGUGUGAUCACGUAUUACAUUCCUCCAAUAAACUGGACAAGUGCGGCGUGUGUGGGGGAGAUGGAUCGAGCUGCAGGAAGAUAUCUGGAUCACUCAACAAGUCUAAGUAUGGAUAUACAGAUAUCGUCACCAUCCCAGCUGGAGCCACCAACAUAGAUGUAAAGCAACGCAGUCACCGUGGUAUCAUAUAUGAUGGUAUCUACCUGGCAAUCAAGAAAGCAGAUGGAAGCUACCUUCUAAACGGGGAUUUUAUGGUUUCUUCCAUUGAGCAGGAUGUGCAUCUAAGAGGAACAAUAUUGAUAUAUAGUGGCUCCAACACAACACUGGAGAGAAUACAAAGCUUCCACUCCCUGCCAGAACCACUGACGAUACAACUCCUCCGUGUCGUUGCAGAGUCUGUCCCACCCAAAAUUAAAUAUACAUUCUUCAUCCCUAAGAGUUUGCCAUAUGGACGACCAAAAGCCAAGGAUAAAGUCUCCCAUCAUUUACUUAGACCAUUAUUCAUUUCUCAGUGGUUUUUGGGAGACUGGUCUCAGUGUUCUAAGAGUUGUGGUUCUGGCUGGAAAAGGAGGACAGUAGAGUGCCGAGAUAUGGAGGGAAGGCCCUCAGACCUUUGCCCACAAGAGCUGAGACCUGAGGACAUUCGGGCUUGUGGGGACUUGCCCUGCCCAAUGUGGAGAGUAGGUAGCUUGUCACAUUGCUCUCAAACUUGUGGAGAAGGAAUAAGGACACAGAGGGUCUUUUGUGUGGACUACACUGGGAAAGAGACAGAAGAGGACAAAUGUGACCUAAGAAAACGUCCCGAAGGUGCUGCAGUUACUUGUAUGCUGGAGGAGUGCUAAUGACAAUGUGGCAUAGAUAUAGCAUAGAGGCAGCUAUAAACGUUAGCCCCCAUUGCUGCUGCUGUUGGACAUGGAUAUCCAUUCUGUUGGGCCUUAGAACAUUUGCUUUAAUAGAAUAUAUGCGAAUUCCAAAGGAUCACAUUUCACUUCCAGCUUUAUGCUUGGUUACACUAUUGAGUACUGCAAUCAGCUGGUCCACAAAGCUAACUCACCUAUCUGACAGUACAGGUUCCACCAGCAGCAGUGGGAGCAAUAUGUGCAGUAUGCGACAAGAGCGGGAUAUUGCCCUGUUCUACUAAAGACUAACUGCACAACGGAGACACACAAGAUGUGUCAGAAACAGGCUAGAAUCUACCUCACUAGAGUAUCCCUAACCUUGUGUAUCAGCUCCAUGUCCAAUAUCUUCUCACAGAAAACUCUGAAUUAUCUAUUGUACUUUUUCUUUUUUUUAUCUUUGUUGCAAGGAGGUCAUACUUUGUGUCACAGGAUGUCGAAACCAUGUUGCAUAAUUAGCUCAGUGUUCUUUCCCUCAGGCCAGCACAAUUUGAGAGGAAUGUGUUUGUAAAUCUGGUUUCAUCACACACUGAACCUUUAUAUAGCUAUUCGUUUAUCUCGUACUAGAUAGAUAUAAUUGGAGAUGUAGGAUAUUACCAGUACAGGAAAGUGAUGAUAUUAUGUGAACUAGAUGUACAGUACGAUGACUGUCCAGAUGUUACUUAUUAAUGUAACUUGUUAUGAGAGCACUAACCGGCUUAUUUAUAUUACCUCAGUACCAAUAAGCUACUACAGGUCACCUCUCAUUUCCCUACCACAAUGUCUGCCAUUGCUCCAUACUAUUAAGUAAAUCUGUAAUUAAGAGAGUACACUAGGGAGUUUAUUGCACAGUAUAAGGUAUAGAGCCGGUGAUCAGCUUAGGAGUGGGGGAAAUAGGUGGUUGGUGCAGUAGGUGCAGAAAGUAAAAGAUCAGAUUUUGUUACUUGGAUCACUUGUACAGGCUUCAAAUCAAAACACUUUAUAUAAUGAGGUUUUGUACUCAGGUAGCUUCUGAACCUUCUGUAGCCUCCAAGAUAAAAGGGUGGAGGAGAUUCAGUUAUCUGAUAUCCAAGAUUAAAAAAGAUAGACAUUUCCUUUUGUGCACUGAAAGAGGAAACUGCAAAUCCUUCACCUGAUCAUUACUUUUUUGAGGACUUCUGUAAACCAUUUAUGGUUAAAUGCUUUACCUGGGAUGUCUGCCAGUGACUCUCAAAGUCACGAGUGCAGUAAGUGCAACUGUAUAGUGGUUCUUUCUGUCCUCUCCCCAGGGAGAAAUCUCAAUCUGAAAUAUGUUUUUCUCCAGUUCAUUAAAUUAACGGAAAGUAGUAGGUGGAAAUUACAACUCAAGAAAGUAGCAAUGGGCCAUUUGGAGUCCUCCGAUUUGUGACUGUCCUAUUUGGAGGACUACAUUGGAACAACUGGGACAUGCGUGAAUAAAACUAUGAGCUGCUUAGAGCGCCUUCUGCUCUUGCUCAUUGCUGUGUAGCUUCAGCCAAGGAAAGUGCCCCAUGUAGGCCAAUAAAAGGUGGCAAAUGUUCCCUUCUGCCUCCCCAUAGCGAUGCCCCUGAAUGGAACCAAAGAAAACGCUCAUUCUAUUUUCAUCCAAACCCUUAAGUUACAACUAGUAUAUCAGACACGUGUAAAAAGAAUGAAGACUGAAUAGUUAAACACUAAGUAAUAUAUUAGAAGAGGUUCUGGAUUGCGAUCUUACAAUAUAUCCAAUUCUCUUUCCUAUAGAAUGCCAAUUUUGGGACGGAUUCAAAGUUGGGAUCAAAGCAAAAAAACAAGUAACUGUGCACUUUAGUAAAAACAUGUUGCAGCGCAGGUGGGGCGCAGAGGCAUAGAUGUACAUACCUCCCAACAUUGGGAAGGUCAGGACUCCAGCGUGCCUUGCUGGCCAAAAAGGGGGUGUGACUAUGGAAAAAGGUGGCAUGGCUUUGCGGGAAUGCCGCGAUCGUGAGCCAAGCCUCCCAUUUUCAUCGUUGUGGGGGCAUGUCCUGCACUCUAUGAGCUGCUGGCCAUGCCGCCCAGCCCCUCUGUCUCCCAUGAAUAGAUGCUGCUCUGCUAAGUAAAACAGAGAAUGAGAGGUGGGCUUCCAACUGCCCCCCCCCCCCAUGGGAAACUGCGGCCCACGAGUGAGACAGCGGUACAGUCCCCCCCAAAAAAGUGACUGUCCUGCAAAAAUUGGGACAGUUGGGAGGUAUGGACAGUUGGGAGGUAUGGACCCUACACCACUCACUGUCAGUCACCACCCCACAAAGAUAGUCACUGUAGAACUUCUAUUAAUCAGAGCUCCGUCUUGCCUUCAAUUAAUGCACCACUUCCCCAGUGACCGGAGAAGGGGGAAAGGGACAACACAAGCUCUGCUUCCAGCAAUAGAACAGUGUGAAGUGGAGAUAUCUUAUUCCAUGGCCAUCAAUGAUCUGCGACCAGUAAAGGACAAAUAACCUAGAAUACCAGAUGUCAUUCCCCAAUACCUAUGCUACAUACAUAAUAACAUCGUUUCUGAGGUUGAAACAAGACAAUUUGUCCAUCGAGUUCAACCUAUUUGUGUUCCCCUACGCUGUAUUUUUUUCUGGACUAAUCUAACGUGCGCUAAAGUCGGCCGUUAUGUUUAUUAUUCUUUUUUGUAACUAUAGCGAGUGAUCUAUGCACCAUACCCCUGUAUAUCCUUAUCCUUUAGGAAUGUAUCCAGCCCAUUCUUAAAAAUGUUGACCGAGUCUGCCAUUAUCACACUCUCAGGCAGGGAAUUCCAAAAUCGUAUUGUCCUAACUGUGAAAAAAACUUUUUUGCCUUAGUGUACGAAACCUCAUCUCCUCUAACUUAAGCGGGUGUCCACGUGUUUUCUGUGUCGAUCUUACUAAAAACAGAUCGCGCGCAAACUCUAUGUAUUGUCCCCUUAUAUAUUUAUAAAUGUUGAUAAUGUCCCCUCUUAAUCUCCUCUUUUCCAGUGUAAACAUGCCUGGCCUUGAAAGUCCUUUCCUGGUAUUCCAGCAUCUCCAUUCCUCUGAUUAGUUUGGUUGCCCGCCUCUGAACCUUUUCUAGCUCUAGGAUAUCCUUUUUGUAGUAUGGUGCCCAAAAUUGUGCACAGUAUUCAUGAUGUGGCCUCACUAGGGAUUUAUAUAAUGGGAGUAUAACACUCUCGUCCCUUGCAUCAAUUCUCCGUUUUAUGCAUUCUAAUACCUUGUUUGCCUUCUUUGCUGCAAUCCUACUUUGGGUAUUGCUGCUCAGUUUGCUAUCUAUAUGAACACCUAAGUAUUUUUCCAGUACAGAAUCCCCUAAAUUCACCCCAUUUAGUGUGUAUGUGUUAUUUAUGUUCUUGGUACCAAAGUGCAUUACCUUACACUUGUCUGUAUUGAAACCCAUUUUCCAUUUUGCUGCCCAUGAUUCCAGUUUAUCUAAAUCAUUCUGGAGAGACUCAGCAUCACCCUCCGAAUUUCUAACCUUACACAGUUUGGUAUAAUCUGCAAAAAUUGACACCAUGCUCUCUAGACCUACCGCUAGAUCGUUAAUAAAAAUGUUGAACAAUAGUGGUCCAAGUACAGACCCUUGUAGCACACCACUUAGUACUUCACUCCAAUUUCAAAAAGUGUGGGAUGUGUGACACUGCAUUAGCUUUGUAGCCAAGUUCAAGCUACUGUGCUCUGUGAUCGGUACUUUAAUGGUAAAAGUGGAUGACAUCUUCCAUGUGAUUACUAACAGGAAGGUUGUCAGGUACAGGAAAACCUUUACCCCAGCUGUCUGGAUAAGACAUACCUGUGAAUGUUACCAGUAGGCGUCUACUACAAAGCCUUUUAUAUUUUGGGUUUAGCUGAGCCUUAAGGGACACGUUCACUGCAAACUCUUAUUGUCUGAUGAUGUGUUGACCGGCCGGAGCAGAAGUCGAUAGACGUCUGAUUGGCGACAGCUGGCCAUUCUCAGCAGAACUCCCUCCCGGUACCUCACAUCUAAGGCUGCUGUUGUGAAUUUACUGGGAACACUAAAAUAGAUUUGUUGUGCAAGACUCUUGAUCUCCUACUUGCCAAAUAUGUGUUACAGUUACAGUCUGACACAUGUCCUGUUGUGUUCCAGGACAAAGCAAUACAUCACAAAGAAUAACUACUCAUUUACAGAAGGACUAGGUGUUCUAACACUUAGCACCCUUUUGUGCUAUGUAUUGUAACGAGGGUCAUUAUAACAAUUCACAAACUUAUCGAACUACUUGAAACAAAGUCAUAGUGAAGCUCUAGUGUAUAUGCAGCCCCUUAAAUACCAAUACCGCUCCUAUAAUAGCUGUGCUGGCUGUUCCCUAAUAAAUUAUUCCUAGUGCAAUGGUUAAUCUGAGAUAAGCGUUCCUCUGGGUGGGGUGGUUAUGCGGUUUCUGACAGACAACAGCUGGAAAACAUGUGGGAUUUCUGUAUGAAUUUCCAAACAGGCUGUGUGGGAAUAAUUGUGUAUGGAGACCUGGUCUGAGAGGAGGAAAGGACAUGUCUCGGGCCAAUCGGAGAUCCUGCUUCUAGCAUUACAUUCCCUAAUCUGUGUGACGCUCCAGGAGCAGGACAUCAGCCUUUGGAAAAGUAGCUCCUGGCCUGUAGCAAUACUCACCGUAUAGUCAGCGCAAAUGGAACCCUUAAAUUACUUAUUGAUCGAAACUGUAGAUGAAUCUAGGCCCUCAUUCCGAAUUGUUCGCUCGCUAGCUGCUUUUAGCAGCAUUGCACACGCUAAGCCGCCGCCUACUGGGAGUGAAUCUUAGCAUAGCAGAAUUGCGAACGUAAGAUUAGCAGAUUUGCGAAUAGAAAUUUCUUUGCAGUUUCUGAGUAGCUCGAGACUUACUCUGCCACUGCGAUCAGUUCAGUCAGUUUCGUUCCUGGUUUGACGUCACAAACACACCCAGCGUUCACUCAGACACUCCCCCGUUUCUUCAGACACUCCCGCGUUUUUCCCAGAAACGGUAGCGUUUUUUCGCACACACCCAUAAAACGGCCAGUUUCCGCCCAGAAACACCCACUUCCUGUCAAUCACACUCCGAUCACCAGAACGAAGAAAUUUCUUCGUUAAGCCGUGAGUAAAAUACCAAACUUAUUAGCAAAUUUACUUGGCGCAGACGCACUGCGAACAUUGCGCAUGCGCAUUAGCGACUAAUCGCUCCGGUGCGGAAAAAAAAUAACGAGCGAACAACUCGGAAUGAGGGCCCUAGUUCUCUCUGACAGUGAAAACGUAUGAAGAUCCCAUUUUCUGUAUUAGUGUAACCAUUUAUUGUGGCAGCUGGUAGAACAUUGAGGCUCCUCAGUAAAGCAUCAGGAUAAUCACACUGAAUAGGACGAGGUAAAAGUCACUUGCUGCUUACCUAGCUACGCAGUGGCAAACGCAGGAUUUGCAUGGGGGGGUUUCUAGAACUGGGCGGAGCCAAUCACGGGGGUGGGGACUGAGGUGACCCAGUAUAUGCUGGGUCCGUAAAACUAGUGUGUGUGUGUGUGUGUGUGUGUGUGUGUGCGUGUGUGUGUGUGUGUGUGUGUA